AUGCCGUCAUCAGCGACGUUCCUGGGUAACUGGCGGGGUUGGAUCCGACCGCUGGUGUUCUCGGUGUACUUCGUGCUGCUGUGUGUGGCCCUGCCCUUCUGUGUGUGGGAGCUGAGGGGAGAGAGUAAGGCUGUGCAGGCGUGGUUUGUGGGAGGCAUGUUUGUGUUCAUGGCCAUUCCCAUCGCACUGCUGGGGAUCCUGCAACACCUCAUCCACUACACGCAACCUCACCUGCAGAGACACAUCAUCAGGAUUCUAUGGAUGGUGCCAAUAUAUGCUAUUGAUGCCUGGUUUGCGCUGAAGUUUGCUGCCUCCACCAUCUACCUGGACACGAUCCGGGAGUGCUACGAGGCUUACGUCAUCUACAACUUCAUGAUCUUCGUGCUGAACUACCUUCAGUCUGAGAUGGACCUGGAGGCCGUGUGUGCCAGGAAGAAACAAGUCAAACAUCUCUUCCCCUUCUGCUUCCUACCGCCAUGGAGGAUGGGCAAAAAUUUUAUAGCGUGGUGCAAACACGGUGCAAUAUCCUACUCAGUGGUGAGACCGAUCACCACUAUUAUUGCCUUAAUCUGUGAGCUAUCUGGAGUGUACCAUGAGGGAGAUUUUGGCUGGGAUUCUGCCUGGACAUACGUAGUCAUUAUCAAUAACAUCUCACAAGUGUGGGCUCUGUACUGCCUGGUGCUGUUCUACCAUGCCAUGAAGGAGGAACUGGCCCCCAUCAGCCCCUUUGGAAAGUUCCUGUGUGUGAAGAUGGUCGUCUUUUUCUCCUUUUGGCAAGCUGUGGCCAUCGCUUUACUGGUGAAGGUUGGGGUCAUCAAUGAGAAGAAUACAUGGGACUUCAGGGAUGGGGUGGACAGUGUUGCCAACGGACUUCAGGAUUUCUUGAUCUGCAUCGAGAUGUUUAUUGCAGCAGUUGCCCACUACUACACCUUCUCCCACAAGCCUUACAUCGACCCUAACGCCCCGUCUGUACCCUGCUUUGCCUCCUUCAUGGCCAUGUGGGACGUGUCUGAUGUCAGACAUGAUGUCAGGGAGCACAUCAGAGUCGUGGGAGGCACGGUACAGAACAGAGUUAAGACUACAUCAUCCCAGGACAUUAGGAAUGGGGUUUCGGAGAGGACCAGUUUACUGCACCUCAUGGAGAACCAAAAGCCAGAACCAUCCUACCUGUCCAACCUACAGAGGGCAGGCAACACUGAGAUGACCACCUUCAGUAGUGUGGAGGUGGCCCCAGAUCACAUGAGAUACACAGAGGGGAGUGUAGCAGAGAGAGACAGAAGUUUUCCCAAACCAGGAAGGGUAGAAAGAGACUCAGAAGCUGCAGAUAGUACAACUUCUUACCAAGGAGCAGGACUUAAAAAAGACAGUCACCAUGAGGAUGUGUAAACAUUAUUACCAGAUAUGUGU